UGACGCAGCCCAUCAUGGCGGCGGGAGCGCGGCUGCCUGGGCCCGCGGCUCCGCAGGCUGGGUGUCGUUGCUGCUGUUGAGGGGCGGCGGCGGCGCAGACGGGCGGGAAGGAUGAUGCUGGCUCUGUGGCCAGAGCGGCGGAUGCAGACCGGGAACAGGGUUGACGUUUGGCUAACGAGACGUGUGUCCCGAAGCAGCCGGCGCCGGUGUCGCUGAGGCGGCGCGGAGGGCUGACUGACUGAAGGCGGCAACCCGAGAGCCGGCCCCGGCAGGGGACGGCGCGGUGGACGAAAUGCCGGGACCACCGGCAUCAUCGCCGCUGCCGAUGCCGCUGCUGCUGCUUCUGCUCUUGACCGUCGGCAGUGCCCGGGCCGCGCCACUUCCGCAAACAGGUGCAGGGGACGCACCUGUUGUAGAAGUUCCCUCCUUGUUUGUGAUCCUGUCGGUGUGCAGUUUAAUGGUACUGAUAGUGUUAAUUGCAAACUGUGUUUCCUGCUGUAAGGACCCAGAAAUAGACUUUAAGGAAUUUGAAGAUAAUUUUGAUGAUGAGAUAGACUUCACACCACCAGCAGAAGACACCCCCUCUGUGCAGUCCCCAGCAGAGGUCUUCACACUUUCAGUGCCAAACAUUUCACUUCCAGCCCCAUCCCAGUUCCAGUCUUCUGUGGAAGGUUUGAAGUCUCAGGUCGCUCGCCACAGUCUAAACUAUAUACAGGAGAUUGGGAAUGGCUGGUUUGGGAAGGUGCUCCUGGGAGAGACGUACACAGGCACCAGCGUCACAAGAGUCAUAGUGAAGGAGUUAAAAGUCAGUGCAAGCCCAAAGGAACAAGAUACUUUUCUGAACAGUGGAGAGCCUUACUACAUUCUUCAGCAUCCGAAUGUUCUUCAGUGUGUCGGGCAGUGCAUGGAAGCCAUUCCCUACCUUCUGGUGUUUGAGUUCUGCGACCUGGGUGACCUGAAGGCUUACCUGCACAAUGAACAAGAGCACGUGCGGGGCGAUUCGCAGACCAUGCUGCUGCAGAGGAUGGCGUGCGAGAUUGCCGCAGGGCUGGCAGCCAUGCACAAGCUGCACUUCCUGCACAGUGAUCUGGCCCUACGGAACUGUUAUCUCACCUCCGACCUAAACGUCAAAGUGGGCGACUAUGGGAUAGGCUUCAGCAGAUACAAGGAGGAUUACAUUGAGACGGAUGACAAAAAAAUUUUCCCCCUGAGAUGGACUGCUCCAGAAUUAGUGACCAGCUUUCAAGACAGACUCUUGACCGCAGAUCAGACUAAGUACAGUAACAUCUGGUCCUUGGGUGUAACACUUUGGGAACUCUUCAACAAUGCUGCUCAGCCCUAUGCAAACCUUUCUGACCUGGACGUUCUCAAUCAAGUCAUUAGAGAGAGGGACAUGAAACUCCCCAAGCCCCAGCUGGAACUGCCUUACUCGGAGAGAUGGUAUGAAGUGCUGCAGUUCUGCUGGCUGUCCCCUGACAAGAGGCCGGCUGCAGAGGACGUGCACCGCCUGCUCACCUACCUGCGGAUGCAGAGCCAGCGGGACUCGGAGGUGGACUUCGAACAGCAGUGGACUGCUCUCAAGCCUAACGCCAACAGCAGGGAUCCCUCAAGCAGUGCUGCCUUCCCCAUCCUUGACCACUUUGCCCGGGACCGGCUAGGUCGGGAGAUGGAGGAGGUCCUCACAGUGACUGAGACCAGCCAGGGCCUGAGCUUUGAGUACGUGUGGGAGGCUGCCAAGCAUGACCAUUUUGAUGAGCAAGGCCGGGGCCACCCAGACGAAGCCUUGUCCUAUUCCAGUAUGUUCUUCCCUGUUGAAGUGUUUGAGAAUUCACUGUCAGACCCUGGCCCCGGCAAGCAAGACGGCAGUGGCCAGGAGGGGCCCCUGAGGGCCCCUGGGGUGGUUCCUGUGUUUGAUGCACACAACCUCUCUGUUGGAAGUGACUACUACAUCCAGUUGGAAGAGAAGAGCAGUAGCAGUCUGGGGCUGGAGUAUCCGCCUGCACUGCUCACAACUGAAGUGGAUAAUCCAGAAAGGGGUGGAACUGACGCACCCCAUCUCACGGCCUUUAAGACCCUUGUGUCUGAGGAACCCAGUGCGGAGGAGGAUUUCUUCCAGAGCAGUGCUCCCCCCAAAGAAGCCAGCUCUGCGGAGGACUCACAUGCUGCCAGCAUCCCUGGGAGCCCUUUCAACAUAUUCAGUGACCUUGACAAAGCAGACGACCUGCCCAGUCACCAGAAAAUAUUUGAUCUAAUGGAACUAAAUGGAGUUCAAGCUGACUUUAAGCCAGCCAUCUUGAGUUCAAGCCUGGAUGGCCCCAAAGACACCUGCCAGUCUGAAAGAGAAAAGCCCCAUGAGCUUUUGGACCAGGACCCUCUGUGCUUCCCAGAAAGUCCUGUGCACCAAGAUCGCUUUGAUCCACUGAGCGUCCAAGAAUUGUCAGAGAACUUCUUAUUUCUUCAGGAGAAGAAUCUGCUGAAAGGUUCGUUGCCUGGCAAGGGGCGGGUGAACGAUCUUCAGACAGAACUUAAGGACGCAGGUUUUACCUCUGAAAUGUUAGAGUCACCCCGGAGAGGCUCUGUAAGUUCUGGACUUGAGCUCCUGGAACACCCACUAGACUUUCCCUCGUCACAGGAGAACAUGAGUGGGCAGAACGAAGGCACGGGUGGCACACCUCAGGGUGCGACCUCACCACAGGCCUCCCCGCUCACAGAAGGAGGGUCUCCUGAUGGUCCCCCGGACUCAGUUCUGAGGUCAGGAGAAACCAAACCCUUUACAGGUGUCAGCGUCCCUGAGAACUCCGUCUGCCUGGAUCUAAGCCCCGACCCUGUGACUGGCCCACUUGAAAUUCCUGCUGCUGAUGCCAAAACCCCCGAUGGGGGCGAUGGGCCUCCAGAAGUCACUUGCCCAAGCAAGGAGGCCUUGAAUCCAACCAGAAGAGACCCCAUCCUUGAGAAUGAGAUUACUGCUCAGGGUAGCAUGGAGUCUUGUCUUCCAGAACCAGGACAGGAUUUACAAAAUCAGCCAUUUUCAGAAGACCCUCUUAGUGGCAGCAUACUGGAGAAAAACUCAGAAGCCGUGGACACUUUAAAUCAGCUUAAUUAUAAGGCUGCCCCAAAGGAUGCGGCCUUGGCAUCUGCCCUCUCCUCAGACUCCACCAGCCAAGAUAGCCUCCUGGAAGACAGUUUGUCAACGCCCAUCCCCACCUCAGAGCAGUCUGUGGAGACGCCAGACUCCCUGGACUCAGUGGAUGUCCAUGAAGCAUUACUAGAGUCCCUAGGCUCCCACACCCCUCAGAAACUCCUGCCCCCUGAUAAGCCCGCAGACAGUGGCUAUGAAACAGAGAACCUGGAGUCCCCUGAGUGGACCCUGCACCCUGCACCUGAGGGCACUGCUGACUCAGACACAGCUGCAGCAGGUGAUAGCGGCCACAGCAGUUUGCCUCCCAACCCAGUCAUCGUCAUCUCAGAUGCAGGAGAUGGCCACAGGGGUGCUGAAGGUCCUCCUCAGAGCUUCUCACUUGGCACCCAGAGUUCAUACCGAGACUCUGCAUACUUCUCAGACAAUGACUCAGAGCCAGAUAAAAAGCCUGAGGAGGUCCCAGGGACAUCCGCCAGUGCCCUGGUAUUGGUAAAGGACCAGCUCCCACCUGAGCCAGUUGCUCCGGAAGACAGCCCUGAUGAUGUCAGAGAAGGCUGCCUGGAAGCCUCACAGAGCAAGCCAGAGCAAAGUCCGGUGUCUGCUUUGCAGAAUUCUUGUCACCCAGAACUACAAGAGACAUUGCAGCCCACACCAGCUGAUCAGAGUCAGGCGUCUGCUUUGCAGAAUUCUUGUCACUCAGAAUUGCAGGAGACGUUGCAGCCCACACCAGCCGGUGCUUCCAGAGAGGCAUGUCCUGUGGACGAUGAGGCCCGCGGCCCCUUGAGUUUGUUGAAUUCAGAAUUUAGCAGCUUCGAUGACCUGGAGGCACAGGAAGAUCGCCCGUGCACCCUGGCCUCCACAGGCACCAACACCAAUGAGCUCCUUGCAUACACAGGCUCCACACUGGAUAAGUCUUUGCCCAGCCACUUUGAGGGCCCCAAGCUGAAGGAGCCAGACAUUGAAGGGAAGUACCUGGGCAAACUGUGUGUGUCUGGGAUGCUGGACCUCUCGGAGGACGGGAUGGAUGCAGAUGAGGAAGAUGAGAACAGUGACGACUCGGACGAGGACCUGCGGGCCUUCAACUUGCACAGCCUAAGCUCUGAGUCUGAAGAUGACAUGGAGCACCCUGUGCCCAUCAUUGUCAGCAAUGAUGAUGGCAGGCACCUGCGGAGUUUGCUGAAACCCUCGGCUGCCGAGGCCAUUGAGCAGCUGCCAGAUGACUGGAAGAAGGAAAGGAAGGCGGUGACAUUUUUUGAUGAUGUCACCGUUUAUCUCUUUGACCAGGAAACCCCCACCAAAGAGCUGGGGCACUGCGGAGGGGAAGCACAUGGCCCUGGGCCCAGCAGCCCGGCAGCAUCCACAGGGUCACCCUACCUAGGCAGGUGCAUGAAUUCCGAGAGCUCCACGGAUGAAGAAGGCGGAGGCUUCGAAUGGGACGAUGACUUCUCCCCGGAUCCUUUCAUGUCAAAAACAACAAGCCUUCUGGGUUCCAAGCCUUCUCUUCAAACUUCCAAAUACUUUUCUCCUCCGCCGCCGGCCAGGAGCUCGGAGCAGAGCUGGCCACACGUGUCCCCCUGCUCCCGGUUCUCCAUCUCUCCUGCCAACAUUGCCAGCUUCUCCCUCACACACCUCACGGACUCAGACAUUGAACAAGGAGGCAGCAGUGAAGAUGGAGACAAGGACUAGGUGGCCGUGGACACGCUCUCCUAGCCAGCCUCGCUCCUGCCUGUGCACCUGAGCAACGACAUGGACUCCAUGCUGACUGGCACCAGACAGGGAGUGAAAGCUCAGGAGUGAUGGAGAACUGGGCCAGCUCCCUCUGCCGCGCUCGCCCGGGCCGCUCCUGACCAGACGUGCGCUCGUGCUGGGCAUCCUGCUGAGGCGGUCACACUGCCACACUGCUCUGGCACACGAGUGUUGGAGGACCUGUGCACCUCAGGCCGUAGGUCUGUCUUCCGUGUGGAUGACCGCCUCACCACACCUGUGCCUCCAGUCUGGGCAUAGUGCCACAGAAGGGCGCACCGGGGGAUGCUCAUAAGUGAGCCAUAUUUAUUGUCUUUAAGAAAAUCACUAAUGCUCUUUGACUGCACUGUGGGUGAGUGUUCUGAGCUCCCAGUAUUGUACAGCAUCGUAAAUUAUCCGAGGAAAACAUGGCGGGCCAAGCUGGUGCUGUCCA